AGUUGCGCCUAUGUCGGUUCGUGGGUCGCACCGUUUUGACUUCUAACGGUUGUUCCAUCAUUUGAAUGAAGGUUGUUGCUCUGACGAGUGUUUUGUAAUAUUAUUUCCAUCGCGUUACCUAAUUUUAGUCACAGUUAGUUGCAUUAGAACCGUCGUUUCAUUCAUGAUCCGAGUUUGCGUAGUCUCGAUAAAUAUAGUGCUGUAAAAACAAGAGAAUGUCUUGGUUACCGUGGUUGAUGUGUGGCGUGAUGGUAGUGGCGUGCGCGAAUACGGAACAGUCCAAGCUCAAAGUGCUGGUGUUAUUCCCAUUUCCAAGCAAGAGUCACAGCAUACUCGGCGAUGGAGUCGUCAGGCAUCUUAUCAAAGCCGGACACGAGGUCACCUACAUUACUCCUUACGUUAAGAAGGGUUUAACGCCAAAACUUCGCCAAAUAGACGUCAGUGAUAAUUUCAAAGCUAUAGAUAUUACAGUGGAGCAAUUGAACUUGAAGACGAUAAUAAUGAAUAAAGGGGUUUCGUUUUCAAUCUUCGAUUUUUUUGAAACAACUCUCAACAUCUUCAACAUGACAUUCCACAACGAUAAUGUGCAGAAAUUGUUGAGAGACCCCAAGGAAAAAUUUGACGUCAUCAUCGCUGAGUGGAUGUUCAAUGAGUUGUACGCUACAUUUUCGGCUGUCUUUGGCGCACCAUACAUAUGGGUAUCAACCGUUCAGCCACACUGGAUGGUGCUGAGGUUAAUAGACGAGGCGAGCAACCCAGCAUACACAGCGGAUUCUCAUUCCCCGAGUGUACCACCAUUCUCUUUUUACGAAAGGGUUCAACAACUAUUUUUCCAAAUUGUAGGAAUUACUGUGCAGAAAUUCUUUUUUGACCCUAAGAUUGAAGCUGUUUACGAUGACCUUGCGCCAAUUAUAAAACAAAGAGGCAGUGAAGUGCCCAAAUUCGAUGAAUUGAAGUACAACGCUUCCUUGAUGUUGGGCAAUUCGCAUGUCUCCAUGGGGUCUUCGCCAGCGCUGCCACAAAGCUACAAGGUUGUGGGGGGAUAUCACAUUGAUACUAACGUCAAACCACUGCCAGCGGACUUGCAGAAAAUUAUGGACGAUGCAAAAGAUGGAGUCAUAUACUUCAGUAUGGGAUCGAAUCUAAGAAGCAAGGAUUUACCGUCAGAAGUAACACAAAGCCUGCUGAAAGUAUUCAGCAGUCUAAAACAAACUGUGAUGUGGAAGUUUGAAGAAGUUCUGCCAGGAUUGCCUGAGAACGUACAUAUUCUUAAGUGGGCAUCCCAGCAUAGCAUACUUGCACAUCCAAACUGCAAGCUCUUCAUCACACAUGGUGGUCUUUUGUCCUCCACUGAGACAAUAUAUUUUGCAAAACCUAUAAUUGGGAUUCCCGUAUUCGCCGAUCAAUUCGUGAAUGUAGACCGAGCUGUCAAAGUUGGCAUAGCUAAGAGAGUCGAUCUGUCAUUCACUAUGGCCGAUGAACUCAAAGCGGCUAUAGAAGAAAUGUUGAAUAAUCCCAGUUACACUCGUAAAGUUGAGGAGUUGUCAUUCGUGUACCACCACCGUCCCGUGUCGCCGGGGGCGGAGCUGGUGCACUGGGUGGAGCAUGUGGCCAGGACCCGAGGCGCGCCUCAUCUGCGCUCGCCGGCGUUACAUGUGCCGCUCUACCAGAAGAUGUAUCUAGAUCUAGCUGCUGUUGUAUUCAUUAUACUUAUUGCUAUAACCAAACUCAUCAAAAGGCUGUUCAGAAAAAAGAAUACAGAGAAGAAGAAGAAAAAGACGAAUUAAUUAAGAACUUCGUUCAGUAAUUUAUUUAAAAGGAUAAAAAUUAGAAUAAUACAGUAGGGGAAUAGGCAUAAUACGGGUAAAAACAAUAAUGGAUUUUUCUAAAUAUCGAUAAUAGAUUACGCUUCGACACUUGCUGCCACGAUUCAGUGUGCGCUCAGCGACGCCAUGGCCAAUUUAACCAAAACUAUACAGGCGCUCGUUUGUUACAUAGUGCAAAAAAGAAUUUCUAUAAUUUUCUUACGUUUUUCAGGAAGAUUUGUGCAUUUUUUAUUUUAAUAUGUAUUAUAUAGUGUAUAAUUUUGUUGUUUUUUUAUCCAAUGGCAUAUUUAUUUAAGUAUAAUAUAUAAAAUUCUAUCGUAACGUACAGAUUACAUUUGAAUUUUGUUCAUCCAUCUAAUAUUGCUGAUGUGGACAAAAUGCCACAAGCAACGUUGGGCAAGACGGACAAUGAAAAAUUAAUCAACAAAUAGACUAGAAUAUUUGAAUCAGCCAGUUCUAGCAAAAGUACAUAAGCGGAGAAAGAUGUAUAUCAAAACUAAAAACAAAAAUUCUAAAUCUGUAUUUUUGUUUGUUUGGCGUCUGUUGAUAAAUACCAGUGUGUUUAUACCCUAAAAUACACUAAAAUUUCGCAUUAAAAUUGUACAUACAUCGAAUUUAGGUGUAGGUAACAAGCUACUUUUACUAGUACCAAGACUGAUUAUGUUAUUUUUGAGUUAUCCUGGGGCCAGCAGCAGCAUAUCCGUCUUGCCCGUGAUUUUAAUGAAAAGAAAUGGUUUAAGUUUUUAUUUUUGUAUAGCUGUUCCCAAAGUUGAUUGAAAACAAAAUGCAAAUUUAAAUCAUAUAGAUUUAUGUUGAUAACAUACAUCUAUUUUAUUUUAUAACAUUUCUUUAACAUAUGCGUUUUACCAGGCCUCCCCUGAGUACAAAACUAGAAGAAGGUCAUAGAUAGUUAGCCGCACAUGUAAUAGUCUAUGCAUCUCAAUGUUUGGACUUGUUCGACAAGAAGACUAAAUAUCGUUUUGUGCUACAACUAACUAGAUAAAGCAACUUUUGUGUCGCAUCAUUAUAAAACUAUUUUUUAGUAAUAUCAUGAUAGUCAUUUAUUGGGUUAUGUCGUGUGUACCUAACGUUUUGUGAUAUUUGUACUAUUAUACUCUUAUUACAUUUAUCAAUAGUCGAUAACUCCUCAUAGGUAACAAUAUAAAAGUUUUUUAUU